CGCAAUAAUGUCUCCCUGCCACAAACACACAACUGGAAUUGCAGAGGCCACAAGUUUUCUAUGGCAGAUGAGAACGGUGGCUGAGGCAAGGGAGAUCUGGCCCUCGCUAAGAGUGCCUCAGGAUGAUCAUUACCACAUGGGGAGCGUACAUCUUGUUCCGCAGGGCUUCUAGAACACCUUUCCCAGCUGACGAUGCUCCAGCUGAUAACAUAGUUGAGCCAGAGAUAGAGUACGUAUUGGAGCAUUGGCUGAAGAAGAUUGAAGAAGAUGCUGUCAAGAUCUUUAGGCAGAAGUCAGAAAACAGGUCGGACUGCCAGAUGGAAGGGAUCAGAACUUUUCCUUCGGUUGGCCUAGAUUUGGCGGCAGCAAGAUCAAAACCAGAAACCUGGGAGACCUUUGAAGACAGGAGGCCACCAAGGGAGUGUUCCAGCACAAUACUUUCAUCCAGUUCCAGCCUGGACCUGACAGAUGACAGGACAAGGAUCCAGUUUGUCCGAUGGAGUCACACCCGGGUGUAUCAUGUCACGAGCGAUAUGAGAAAGGAUGCCAUGCAAGAGAGGCUGGAUAAAGUGAGCAAUAGUGUCUCCAGGGUCAUGUUCCAAGCUGUGACUGACCUGGACAGCGGCCCGUCGGACGCCAAUCUCCACUUCUCAAUGCCAGCGUAUUAAGACAUGGACAGAGUCCCUAUUUCCUUGUGGCUCUUGAGGAGAAGGAGAUGCCCUUCCUGUUCUGCCCUCUGGGUCUUCUUCUUCGGCUGUGAAAGCCCUGCCUUCUUGAAACGGCCAGAGAAGCAGCUUGAAUCCCGCGGAAGGAUUUGCUUAUUUUUUUUUGCUCGGGCUAUUAUAAAUGCCUGGCUUUGUGAACUGUG